AUCACGGCCCUCUUGUUGUCAGUACUGUUUUUGUCAUCCAAAGAGAGUAACCAAAUCUGAAAUUGGCUAUAUGUGAUUUUAAGCUAUCUGACUUGGCCUAAAACCUGUCAAUAGUUUCACCUUAACGAAAUGUCUAAACAGAAACCAAGAGUGUGUAUUAUUGGAGCCGGUCCAAGCGGCAUGUCAGUGAUGUACCAGAUAAAACAACUUUACCCUGACGAGAUUGACUUUGAAUGUUAUGAAAAGCAGGCAACAUGGUGUGGACAAUGGAACUUUACCUGGAGAAAAGACGCGGACGAAUAUGGUGAACGUAUACAUAAUUGUAUGUACCGAAAUUUGUGGGCGAUAGGAGCGAAGGAAGUUAAUGAAUACAAGGAUUAUACAUUUCAGGAUCAUUUUGGUAAAGAGUUGCCUUCCUAUUUACCAAGAGAAAUGUAUCGACGCUAUCUUGACGGUCGCAUGAAAAGGGUCAGCACAGGUGAUUUUCUGGAACACAUUCACUAUCAACAUGUAGUCAGUAGUGUUGAAUACAGAGAUACGACUGACGACUUUAUUGUCUGGGCAAGAAAUCUGCCUAACAACUCCCUGGUCGAGGAAGUAUUUUCACAUGUUAUAGUUUCUUCGGGAAGGUUUUCUUACCCGAACAUGCCAACUUACCCUGGUAUUGAUACAUUUUGUGGUAGAGUACUCCAUUCCCACGAGUUCAGGGAUGCAAAGGAGUUUGCGCGUCAAAAGGUGCUUAUCAUAGGUGGCAGAUUCUCUGCAGGCGACAUUGCUCUUCAGCUGAAUAAGUAUGGCUCAGCACAUGUCAUUUGUAGUUGUAAAGAACCCAUGAAUUUGAAGUGGCCUAAAGGUGUUGAAGAACGACCAAUCGUCGAUGAAAUCAAAGGCAAUACAGCUGUGUUCAAAGAUAAAACACAGUUUGAUUUUGAUGCAAUCAUCUAUUGUACGGGAUAUAGAUAUAAUUAUCCAUUUUUGAUGGGGAAUCUUCAUUUUGACGGCGAAGGUACAGGAACCCUUUACCCGGACAACUUAUACAAAGGUACAGUGUGGUUUAAAGGCGGCAACAAGAAACUAUUUCAUAUGGCAGCCUUUGACAUAUUUUUUGGGUUUGGUUUAUUGGAUGCACAAGCCAUGUGGAUUUUGAAGUUCAUCUUUAAAGAAUUAUCUGGACAAAAAGUUCAGUUGGAGGAAAUGGAAUGUAAUAUUAAAAAAUGGCAGAAACAAAUACAGAAUGUAAAAAGUGUAACUGAUAUUUUUACAUUUCAAAGAGAUUUUUUUCAUGACAUUGGUAGCGAUGUCGACUACCCAGUGGAAUAUGUCGAUAAGGCAUAUGCUAUUUUGAUUGACCUAAUUGAGAAAAGGCAAAACAACAUCAUCCGAUAUAAAGAUGAGUGCUAUGAAUCUAUUUACACGGGGAAACUUGCACCAUCCCAUCAUACAAGCUGGGCAGAAUGUAUGGAUGAUUCUGUUGAUGCAUUUAUAUAAACACAUAUAUAUUAUGUGCAUUAUACGUAACAAUUAUAAUGUGUCUUACUAAGUAUUUUGCUUUCGUUGCUUUGGUGUGAUUUACUUUGUUGUAACUUACAUAUUUUCAAAAUAUACUUUGAAAAAGAGUUGAAUUAAAAGCAAUAAAAUAAUGGUCACUAAGGUCGGCGAGUAAACAGUUUAAACAUUGAUUAAUUUAUGUUAAAUAUUUUUAAAUUAAAAACCGGUCCUACUUAAAUACAUUUAGAUGAGAUUGAAAGGCUGGUGUGAAUAAUAAGUGUUCAAGGCGAGUUCAGAACAUAAGACGAAAGAAGAAGAAGAAUUAAAAAUAGAUGUGGUUGGGCUGUCAUUUGCAUUGAUAAAUCCAAGAAUACAAGACAGGAGGGUUAGGAGGAUAUACAUUUUCCCACAAAAUAACAUUAAUGUUUAUAUUACACCGAGGUCACGGAGAUCUAAACAUGUAGUUUGAGCGUGUGUGCGUGACUGUGUCUUUGUUUGU